AUGGCAAAUUUUAAAAGUGAUCAUGCUGAAUAUGUAUGGGUCAAGCCACAAGAGAAUGCACGCAGUGAAUUUGCAAUACCGUUUGGGGCACGUGUUGUUCGAACAGAUAAAAAUCGUACACAAGUUACCGAUGAUUAUGGGAAACAAUAUUGGGUACCCAAUUCAGAUAUUGUCAAAGCAAUGCAUUUGACAUCACAAAACGGUGUCGAUGAUAUGAUAACGCUGGGUGAACUACAAGAAUAUACAAUUCUGAGAAAUUUGGAAAUACGCUACAAACAGAAGAAGAUUUAUACCUACACCGGUUCCAUGUUGGUUGCAAUUAAUCCCUACCAAGUCCUGCCUAUAUAUACAAAUAAACAAAUCAAUGAAUAUCGUGGCAAGAAAAUCAAUGAAUUGCCGCCACACAUAUUCGCAAUCAGUGAUAAUGCCUUCCAAGAGAUGCGACGAGAGAAGACAAAUCAAUGCAUUGUCAUCAGUGGUGAAUCGGGUGCUGGUAAAACUGAGAGUACAAAAUUGAUUUUACAAUAUUUGGCUGCCAUUAGUGGGAAACAUUCAUGGAUUGAACAGCAAAUUAUUGAAGCGAAUCCCAUCAUGGAGGCAUUUGGUAAUGCCAAAACUGUACGCAAUGAUAAUUCCUCAAGAUUUGGAAAAUACAUUGAAAUUCGUUUCACCGAAACGGGUGUAAUACAGGGUGCCAAAAUUGAACAGUAUCUGCUGGAGAAAUCACGUAUUGUCUCACAGAAUCAUGAUGAACGGAAUUAUCACAUUUUCUAUUCCAUGUUGGCUGGUCUGAGUCCCGAGGAACGUAAACGAUUAUAUUUGCAGGAACAAUCACCGGCGAAAUAUCAUUAUUUAUCGCAAGGUGGUUGUUAUAAAUUACCUGGAAAGAAUGAUGCCAAAGAUUUCGCGGAUAUACGUUCAGCAAUGAAAGUGCUAUCCUUUAGUCCCGAAGAACAAUGGCAAAUAUUCAAUAUAUUAGCCGCAGUUUUGCAUUUGGGUAAUUUGGGUUUUAAAGCCACUGAGGUCCGUAACAUGGAAGCAGCUGAAGUCAAUGAUCCAGAUAAUGCGGCCAGAGUCUCGUCGUUGCUGGGCGUAACGAAAGAGGCACUAUGUGAAACGUUAACCCAGAAGACAAUGAUAAUUCAUGGAGAACAUGUGGUCACUAGUUUGUCGAAGGAGUAUGCUCUCGAAGGACGUGAUGCUUUCGUGAAAGCUUUGUAUGGCAAUAUAUUUGUACAUAUUAUUAAACGUAUCAAUGAUACGAUUGAUAAGAAUCCUGUGAAAAAUAUUAACACUAUUGGUGUAUUGGAUAUAUUUGGUUUUGAAAAUUUCGAGGAUAAUAGUUUUGAGCAGCUGUGCAUUAAUUAUGCCAAUGAAAAUUUACAACAAUUCUUCGUAAAACAUAUCUUUAAGAUGGAACAAUCCGAAUAUCAACAGGAGAAUAUCAGUUGGCAACAUAUUGAAUUUCAAGACAAUCAAGAGGUGCUCGAUAUGAUCGGCAUGAAAGCCAUUAAUAUUAUGUCUCUUAUCGAUGAAGAAUCGAAAUUCCCCAAAGGUACUGACUAUACGUUGCUCGAAAAAUUGCAUUCGCAACAUGGUAAUCGUUCGAUUUAUGUUAAAACUAAAUCACGAUCCAAUACUCUAUUCGGUAUUCGACAUUAUGCCGGUGUGGUUAUGUAUAAUCCUCAAGGAUUUUUGGAGAAGAAUCGUGAUUCAUUUAGUAUGGAUUUAAAUACGAUGAUUGCCAAAUCGAAAAAUAAAUUCCUGAAGGAAAUUUUCCCGGUGACGGUACCAUUCGAUACGAUUAAGAAACAGGUGACGUUGUCGGUGAAAUUCCGCAACUCUUUAGAGUUGCUGAUGCGAACAUUGGCGGCUGCUCACCCAUUCUUUAUACGCUGCAUCAAACCCAAUGAAAAUAAACAACCAAAUCAAUUCGAUCGUGAACUAUGUGUCCGCCAGCUACGCUACUCGGGUAUGAUGGAAACUGCGCGCAUACGACGUGCUGGCUAUCCCAUACGCCACACCUACAAGGAAUUUGUGCAACGUUAUCGUAUUCUCAUGCGUGGCUUAGGCCCCUUGGACAAGGUGAACUAUCGCCAAGUCACUGAGGAUAUUUGCCAUAAAGAAUUAUCACUGAAAUCGGAUCAUCAAUUUGGUUUAACGAAAGUUUUCCUGAAGGAUUGUGACGACGCCCUAUUGGAGGAGGAAAGGUCGCGGGCCAUACUCAAAGCCAUUGUUACCAUCCAGAGAGCUGUAAGACGGUUAAUAUUUAAACGUUAUAUGGAAAAGCAUCGUAAUGCCGCCAUUGUGAUACAAAGAAAUUGGAGAGCCUGUAAACCACGUCGAGACUUCUUGUUAAUGCAGAGGGGUUUCCAUCGUCUGGCGGCCAAGGUCCAAUCACGACAAUUAACCUAUGAUUUUGUCCAACUACGAAGACGUGUAACAUUGCUGCAGGCCCGCUGUAGAGGCUAUUUGGCACGCAAGGAAUUCCGAGCAAAAUAUGCUGAACGUUUGCUGAAGAUAAGAGAAUUGCGGGCCCUGAGGAAACAAGAGGAGGAACAAUAUCGCCGGGAAGGCGAACGUCGUUGGAAGCAGCAUGCUGAGGAUAAUUAUCAGAAACGUCUGAAAGGCAUCGAUCCUCUGAAGAAAAGUCCUGCCCCUACACCACGUACAACAAAUACAACUACAACUAAUGGCCAUGUUAAACCGGAGGAGGAACGUAAUAACAACAACUACAUUGAUGACGAGUCCUCGAAGAAAAUUGUCGAUGAUGUCUUUGGUUUCCUCAAUGAUGCCGAUGUAAGUGGCCCAGUGGGACCCAAUGUUAAAGAGAAAUCUCUAAUGUUUGAGAAAGUGUUAAGUAAACCUCGUAUAAUACCCACCAAAUUGUUAUCGCGUCCGACUUUAAAGAAAUCUCUUGAAACAACUUCAUCAACUGGGGGUACAAUACGUCUACCCAAAACCAAAGUUCCCGAUAUCGAUGCCUCGGAAUAUAGUUUUGCCAAAUUUGCCGCCACUUAUUUUAAUUCCGGCGUUACCGGGCAUUAUAGCAAGAAACCAUUGAAGAAAUCUCUACUAGACCAUGACUUGCCAUUGGAUGAGAUUGCCGCUCAGAUUUUUAUUAAUAUUUUUCACUCCAUUUCCUUACAGUCCAUUUGGAUAAUGAUUUUACGUUUUAUGGGCGACAUGGCUGAGGCAAAGUAUAGCGAUGAUGGGGAUGAUGCUGCCACCGAAGGCGGUACAGUGAAAACAAAUGUCAUGCAACGUCUAACCCAAACUCUUAGUCGUUCCACGGUACAGAGUAAAGAAUUUCAAGAAGCCUUGGCGACAAUGGGUGAUCAGGAGCAACAUCGGCGAUUAAUUCGAAAAACAUUGAAAAGAAAAACAAAACUACCGGAAAUUUUGAGGAAAGCAUUGGAUAAUACAAAUGAAAUUGAAUACUAUCAACAGGUGUUGAACACCAGAAUGAGUAAUUUGGAAAAAUUACAUUUCAUUAUAGGUCAUGGUAUUUUGAGACCAAAUUUAAGGGAUGAAAUUUUGGCUCAAAUCUGUAAGCAGCUAACCAAUAACCCCUAUCGCACCUCCUUUGCCAAAGGCUGGAUAUUGUUGUCGUUAUGCAUUGGCUGCUUUCCUCCAAGUCCAAAAUUUACAAAUUUCCUUAAAUGUUUUCUACAGCAUGGCCCCGAACUUUAUGGUCCAUAUUGUGAAAAUCGUUUGAAUCGUACACUACAAAAUGGUCCACGUACCCAACCACCAUCAUGGCUGGAGCUACAAUCGACCCGAAAUAAAUCAACAAUUACCUUGGAUAUAUUUCUUAUGGAUGGUACUUCGAAGAAGUUGCAAAUUGAUUCAGCUUCCACAACUGUGGAGGCCAUUCACCAGCUGUCCGAAAGUAUGGGUCUAAUUGAUAAUUUUGGAUUUUCUUUGGUCAUUUCAAUUUACGAUAAAGUGAUGUCUUUGGGCAAUGGCAAUGAACACAUUAUGGAUGCCAUCUCAAAUUGUGAGCAGUAUGCCAAGGAACAGGGCCACAAUGAACGUAAGGCCAUGUGGAAGUUGUAUAUCCGUAAGGAAAUGUUUAGUUCGUGGUAUGAUCCAAGGCAGGAUAAAUUGGCGGCAUAUUUGGUAUACAAACAGAUUUGCAGAGGCCUUAAUUUUGGAGAAUAUCGUUGUCGUUCAGAGAAGGAUAUUGCUAUGAUAUGUGCCCUACAGUAUUAUGCAGAACAUGGUGAUCAAAUGAAAGAUGAGAUUCUUCGCGAAUUUAUAUCACAAAGUGUUCCCAAAGAAUUACUCAUAGCUGGUGAAAAAUCCAUUCAAACAUGGGCGAAUUUGAUACGUGAUACAUAUGAGAAGCAUGAAUAUGUUAAAAUCAAAGCACCCAAACAAACAGCUAUUGAAGAUAUCUGUCUCUAUGCACAUCUAACGUGGCCCAUGCUUUUCUCUCGAUUCUAUGAAGCUGUACGUGUUGAGGGACCACAACUUCAAACAGAUCAAAUUGUUAUAGCCAUAAAUUCCAAUGGAGUUUAUUUUAUUGAUGAAAUGGAACAAGUUUUGGCAGAACUCUCCUAUGCUGAAAUUUCCAAAGUCUACAGUACAACAGAUGAAAGUAAUCCUGUGGAUAGUUUACACUUGGAAACAAUACAAAAGGAAAAUUUCACUUUCAAAUGUUACGAAGCAAAAGAUGUAGAACGUCUUAUUACGUACAUGGUGGAUAAUUUGAAAAAGAGAUCACGUUAUUGUAUUGCCUUGGAUAAGGUGAACCCUGCCGAUGAGUUGCCAAAUAGUAAACAAGGAUUGGCAUUACAAAAAGGUGAUCUUAUUGAAUUGCGCAAUGGUGUGACAGGUUCACAAAUUAUGGAAAACGAAAAUCAAACAUUCACGGGCUACUGCAACAAUAUGCAAGGAGAAUUUUCACCUAAAGCUGUUGUGGUAGUAGCGUGUCUAACAAAACCUUCGGAAAAGAUUUUGAAAAUCUAUCGUGAUAUGUUAGAAAGUGUACCACAAAAACCCAUACGCUCGAAGUACAACACAAUACAGCGUUUAAAAAUGCACAACUUGAGUAAAUUUGCUCAGGAACAUUUUCGUAGUAAUAAUUUAAGAGGUUCCACUUCAUCAGGAUUGCAUACAAUUCGUUCGGAUACGGACGAGUUAUGGAGGCAUUCUCGUGUUUUAUUAAAGGCACCAUUAUUGAAACAAUUACAGCAGGACUAUGAACAAUUCGACAUGGCUGUUACAAUGUUUCAGAAUAUUUUAAAGUAUAUGGGCGAUGUACCAAGUGGUAAACAACAAAUCAACACGGAUUUGAUUUUCCAACCUGCACUGCAGCAUGCCCUACUACGAGAUGAACUCUAUUGCCAGAUAAUGAAACAAUUGACUGAUAACCCAGGAAAUUAUAGCGAAGAACGAGGUUGGGAUCUAAUGUAUUUGGCCACGGGAAUUACAUAUCCCUCACCAAUGGUUAUGAAGGAAUUAAUGGAUUUCUUGAAAACUCGAACACAUGUUCUUGCCGCCGAAUGCCUCCGACGGGUUCGACGAACUCUUGGCAAUGGUCAGAGGAAACAUCCACCAUAUGUUAUCGAGGUGGAGGGUAUACAAAAUCGUUUUAUGCACAUUUAUCACAAGAUUUAUUUCCCUGACAACACUGUGGAAGCAUUUGAAAUCGAAUCGUUUACACGAGGCCGAGAUCUGGUCCAAUCCAUUGGCAAACGUUUGCAGUUGAAAAAUCUUGAUGGCUUUAGUUUGUUUGUCAAAGUCGGCGAUCGCGUCUUCUCACUGCCAGAAAAUGAAUUUAUUUUCGAUUUCGUUACCGAACUAAUGCAAUGGAUUAUGCAGAAUAUCCCAUCACGUUCGGUGGAUAUACAAAAAUCCACUCCAUAUUUAUUGUAUUUCAUGAAAAAGUUAUGGCUUAGUUCGCAAACUGGCAAAGAUGCCAAUGCCGAUGUUAUAUUCCAUUUUCCUCAGGAAGUACCGAAGUAUUUGGCAGGCUAUUAUAAAAUCUCUAAAAAUCAAGCAGUGACGCUGGCGUCAUUGAUAUACAUAACAGAAUAUGGUCAAAAUAUUGUACCGCUACAAAGACCAAAUGAAAUUUUACCAUUCCUCCUGCCGGAAGAAUUAAUACGGCAACAAAAAUCUCAAGAUUGGAAAACUCAAAUUGCAAGUCAACUAAAGGAGCUGUUACUUCAGGGUGUGGCAGAUGAAACUUCUGCAGCGCAAAAGUUUCUUUCGAUUUUAGGCGAACAGCAAAUGUUUGGUUCGACAUUUUUUGUCGUUCAACAAUCGAAUGAUGAUAGUUUGCCACCGACCAUAUUGUUGGCUAUUAAUCGGAAGGGAUUUCAUGUCAUUGAUCCCGCAACGAAGGAUGUCCUACUCUCCUACGGUUAUGCUGAUUUAAGUUUCUGGAGUUCCGGUAAUACUUAUUUCCACAUACGAUUUGGCAACAUGAUUGGCGCUUCCAAACUACUCUGUACUACUAAUUUAGGUUAUAAAAUUGAUGAUUUACUAUCGUCUUAUAUCAAAUAUUUUAAUGAGAGUCAUUAU